AGAUUCCUGAGGGCAUUAUCGUAAAAUCACUAAAAGGAUAUGCCCAACCCCUACGAGACGAGACGAGGCGAGACAUUUCGCCCCUUCCCAUUUUCGCCCGCCUUGUCAACACUCUCUCCCUUUCUCUCUCUCUCUUAAACCCAAUUAAAUUCCCGACUUUCUCCUUCUCUCUCUCUCCCUGACAUUUGCAAAUCUCACAUGGCCCAGAAGAGAGAGAGCGAGGAGGAGAUCUCCAAAACCGCAGCUCCGGCCGGCUUCGCGAGCUCGGAGGGGUCGCCGGAGAUGUCUCAGUGUCCGCCGACGGGGAGAGAGGAGAGCAGGAGGGAGGUGAACCGGUGCUCCGGGUGCAACAGGCGGAUCGGGUUGAUGGGUUUCCGGUGUCGGUGCGGCAACUUGUUCUGCUCCGAGCACAGGUACUCGGAUCGCCACGACUGCGGGUUCGAUUACAAGGCCGCGGGUCGGGCCGCCAUCGCACGGGACAACCCGGUGGUCAGACCCGCAAAGAUCCUCAAAGUUUGAGGGGGGACGAGGGAGGAGGGGCAUGCUGUAAAAUUUGAUAACCGAGUAGGGAUGUGAUUGUCAUUUGAAUAUAUUGUGGAAUAUUAUAUUAUUUUCUAUA